AUGGAAACGCAGCCACCCGCGCUGCUCAGCGCACCGCGGAUGCUGACACUUGUAGGAUCUAUCCUCGUAUCCCUCAGUUCAGGGACAAAUUAUAUAUACUCUGCAUACGCUCCACAAUUAGGCGCGCGUCUGUUCCUAUCCCAUACCCAGUUAAACGUUAUUGGCCUCGCAGGGAAUGUGGGUGUAUAUCUGAGCGGCCCAGCCUGGGGUCGAGUAGUCGAUUCAAAGGGUCCCCGCAUUCCGCUUAUCAGUGCUUUUGCCUGCCUCCUCAUAGGAUAUCUCGGCAUAAAACGCAUCUACGAUAAUGGUGCCGAAACAGCAACGUCGUUCAUGCGUCUUGUCCUCCUCAUUGCCUGCACUUUCAUGACCGGCUUGGCUGGAAAUGCGGGCCUCGCCGUUGCUAUAAACACUACGGCCAAGAGCUUCCCUGAAACCUCGCGCGGAACUAUAACGGGUCUCGUUCUGUCUGGUUUCGGCUUAUCCGCAUUUUUCUUCUCUGCAGUCGCCAGUACCGCAUUCCCUGGUGAUACAUCUUCCCUUCUCCUUGUCCUGGGCCUCGGCGCCGCCACGCCUAUGCUUCUUGGUCUUGUGACAGUCCGUCAAAUACCGUUACCUCCCCCGAGUACCACACGCGGUAUCGAAGGGGGCCUACGUGGACGCGAGGAAUACCAGCCGAUUCCGAGCGGCGAUGCCGCUCUAUUUAUUCAUGAGAAUGACAGCCACACUUCCCUUCUUGAUCCCAUGGAACACGUACAUGAGGCACCAAACUAUCACGUCCCCGAACCAUCGACCGCGGUGGAACUUGUGUCGGACCGGAUUUCAUCGAGAGGGUCGAGUGUUAGGAGGAGCGCGAGUCAUGCAAGGCCCGUACAUGAUGGGCCUAAUGUCUAUGGGAAGCAACUGUGGCUUACCCCAGACUUUUAUCUUAUUUUUGUUAUAAUGUCGCUUCUAAGUGGAACCGGGCUCAUGUAUAUCAAUAAUGUUGGCUCCAUAUCUCAGGCAUUAUAUGCCAAAGGGAACCCUGACUAUGACGAGAUAGGGGCUUCGCGAUGGCAAGCUGCACAAGUUUCAACUCUAAGUAUCUGCAACUUCGCAGGACGAAUUCUUACUGGAUUGAUCGCGGACUUGAUCCGAAUUCGCCUUCGUCUUCCUCGUGCAUACUGUUUUUGCAUCGUUUCAGCGCUCUUUGUCGUCUCUCAAUUGUCUGCCAUCAGCGUCAACGACGUUGCACAUCUUUGGAAAGCAACCGCGUUACUUGGGCUCGCAUACGGUGGUCUGUUCGGCAUUGCCCCAACAAUUAUGAUUGACUGGUUUGGGCUAUCACAUCUCUCGGAGAAUUGGGGAUAUGUCUCACUCAGUCCACUAGUGGGAGGGAAUCUUUUCUCGCUUAUGUUCGGUCGCAACCUCGAUUCACACGCCUCGAACGAUGACACCGAGACGCAUUCUUCUUUACCCUUGAUAAGGCGUGGUGGUCUUCCAAGCGAACAUCAAUGUUUUGAUGGACGCGACUGCUAUGUCUCGAGUUUGUACGUAACAGCGACAGCGUGCUUCAUUGCACUUGGGUUGAGUGUGUGGGCGGGAAUAAGGGACCAGAGAAAGACAGCGGAGGCGAAGAGGGAAGUUAUUUGA